GCAGUAAGUAUCUGACUGAGCUUCAGACUCGCAGUCAACUCGCAGUCGCUCAACAUCACCCAAACCUGAACGCGCAGAGGCUGUCUACGACACUGGGUUCCUGCAGUGAUCCUGCAGCUCACAGAACUUGGGCUUGAACCCUCAUCGCAUCAAGUGCUCCCUUCCUACAAAUACCGACGUUUCCUGCCAGUGUGUCAAGCACUUGACUCAGUGAAACGAGAUGCACGCCCCUCGAUUACCUCCGGAGCUCUUUGACGCUAUCAUCGACCACCUCCACGACGACCGACACACACUGGCGACCUGCGCUCUUGUCUGCCGAGGAUGGCUACCCGCGUCGCGCAUGCACAACUUCCACGAACUCAGCAUUCACCGCUACAGCAUCUCCCAACAACCAUGUGAACUGCUGUGCGACUCGACAUCCACCGUUCUUCCGUAUGUGCGACGUCUACGUCUUGACCUAGGCGGUAGUUCCAGGGAUUCCGCAUCUACGUUUGCUUUCGAAUCGCCCUGGCUGAACAGCAUGCUGCCACGCAUGCGGCUCCGCGAGCUCACUGCUCUUCAACACUUCGAGCUCCGGUGCCUUCGCUGGGAGUACCUGUCGCCGGAGUCGCGUGCUUGCAUCCUCGCUGCCUGCAAUUACGUCCGAAGUCUCACCCUCCAGACGCUCGUUUCCCCCACUGUCUCGCCGGCUCUGGAGAUGCUAUCGGCUGCCCCGCUCAUUGAGCAUUUCGAGCUCUCGCGCAGCGUACAUAUCGGGGACGAUCGGACAAUCCUCGACAGUAGUUCCCCCUCGUUCGUUGACUGGCGGAUGCCGGGGACUCUGCGGAGCGUGACCAUCGGCAUUAGGUGCCCGUUCUUCCUCGUCGCUCUCGACCGUUUCACACCAGCGCUGCGUAUCCGUACGUUGUCCGUGACCUAUGUCGAAUGGCAAGAGGCAAGGAACGUAGCAGCCUUCAUGAAGUCAUGCGGUCCAAGUCUGGAGCACGUCCAUGUAACCUUCGGGCCCUCAGACUCGGACCACUCGUCUGGGGCAGAUAUGUUCCGUGAGGCCGGUGGCUUCUCGUUCAAUACCUCACUCCGUACGCUGACCUUAAGCACGUAUCCUCAUGCCGCGCCAAUGCUGUCUGUCCUGCAGCAGGUGCCAUCGAGCGUCAUGGAGAUUGUGCGCGUGGUUGCCACGUCGCAAUCUCUCAAGACAGUGGAUCUUGUAGGACUGGCAUCAGUUUUCCGAGCUGGGCCAUUAUCUGCCGCUAGACUAGAGAUUAUUGUGAUCGUCAAUGACGUCGCUGAUUCUUUGGUCGAGGCCAGAGGUAUACUGCAUCAGUGUUUUGCUACGCUUGAGGUGGAGGGCCGAUUCGUACUAGGCCGAGUCGAUCGCUUUGGCAAGGAUCUGCCUCCUCUGGGAGUCUGAGCAUCUGCCAGCAUUGAUUCGCCGACAUGGUUUCUGUACCGGAUGUGUCGUCGCCUUACGGAUGGCAAGACUCAUCUCGGUGGUUUCCCAUCGGCAAAUGCCAAAUGGACUACUAUUAGACAUUUACAAUGUAUGGAGUACACUGUAGACUUGAAGC